AUGAAAAUAUUUGAAUAGAGUUUUGGUAAAUAAGAAGUGUUUCAAAAAACAGCCUAAUUCUUUAAUCCAUAAAUUGGAAAAUUGAAUGAAAACUUUUAAAAAAGAAGGAGGGAAAACUCUUUACCUCAAUAAAACCUUCAGGCUAUCAAAUAAAUACUAUCUAAGACAAAAAUACUCCAAAAAAAUGUAAUUUGUAGAAAAACUACUAUUCAUUCAAUGAAUGAUAGUAAGCUAGAGAAUUUCCAUAGUCAUCAGAGCACUAAAUAAAGUACCAAAUAAAGUACUCAAUAGAGCACACAAGAUUCCCUGGAUUUUAGCAAUAAUAUUCCUAAAAUGUAAGAUUUGAUCAUCAAACAUUCAAUCAAUCCUUAUACUGCUCUUAAAUACAAAUCUAACUUCAAUAUUAAAAAACCAAUUCUCAAUGAAUAUAGUAGUUGGGCAACACAAUAAUUGGAGAAUACCUCUGCAGUCAGCAAAAUAUCAAAUGGUUUAGAGGGGAAAAAAUAUGUAAUAAAGGUAAAAGAUCCAUUUGGAUAAUCAAAAAAACAAAUAACACAACCAACAAGAAAAUAUUCUUCGAAAUCAUUCGUAAAUCAAAAAGCACAAAUAAAAUUGGUAAAUAGAAUAUUUUCCUCGAGAUCUGAGAGCUUGUAAAAAUGA